AUGGGUCUUGCAAAAGGUGGAAUUAGUCAAUGUCCUAAUGUAACAAAUGAGGAUAGAAUGCAAAUGAGAAACUUAGAAAGACAAGUUGAGCAAUAUAAAGAAUCUAGACAACCAAAAAGACCACCACUUCCUAGUCAAUCUUUGUCUUCUGAAACUUCUCUUUCACCAACUUCAUAUGCCAAGAAAAGAAAAUCUGACAACCCAAUCACCAAAGCUUUUGAUAUACAAGUUCGAAACAACUUAGAUGCUGAGAUAGCAAGGAUGUUUUUUACUGGAGGAUUGCCUUUCAACCUUUGUCGAAACCCUUACUAUGUUAGUUCAUACAACUAUGCUGCCACAAAUAAUAUUCCUGGUUACAAGCCUCCUGGUUACAAUAAAAUGAGAACCACUUUGUUAGAUAGAGAGAAAGAAAAUGUUGAAAGGCUUUUAGAACCAACAAAGGCUACCUGGAGGGAAAAAGGGGUAAGUAUAGUGAGUGAUGGGUGGAGUGAUCCACAAAGGAGACCUUUAAUUAACCUCAUGGUGGCUUGUGAAGUUGGUCCUCUGUUCUUAAACGCCGAUGAUUGCUUAGGAGAGGUAAAGGAUAAAGACUUUAUUGCUAAUUUGUUGAAUGAUGCCAUUGAAGAAGUUGGAGAUGACAAAUUUGUUGUAAAAAUUCUCACUGAUAAUGUAUGCAAUUGCAAGGCCGCUGGAGAACUUAUAGAGGGUAGAUAUCCACAUAUAUUUUGGACACCAUGCAUUGUUCACACUCUUAACCUUGCUCUUAAAAACAUUUGA